AUGGCGGCGGCGGCGGCGGCGGCGGCGGCGGCUCGUCUAGGCUGGUUGCUCGCCGCGCUGUGCCUGGGCGUCGCCGCCGGGGAGGCCGCGCCGGGCCCGCGAGUGCUGGGCGUCUGUCUGGAGGAAGACGGAGACGCGGGCGCGGGGUGGGCGCGCGGGGGAGAGGCGCGGGCCGCCCCGGAGGCCGCCUUCCGCCUGCGCCUCUUCGGCUCGGGCUUGGCCAACAGCUCCUGGUCCUGGGUGGCCCCCGAGGGGGCGGGCUGCCCCGAGGGCGGGCCGGCCGCGACGCCCGGGGAGGAGGAGGAGGCGGCGGCGGCGGCCCCCGCGGGCGAGUGGCGUGCGCUCGCGCUGCUGCGCCUGCGCGCCGAGGCCGUGCGCCCGCAUUCGGCGCUGCUGGCCGUGCGCGUGGAGCCGGGCGGCGCGGCCGCGGAGGAGGCGGCGCCGCCCUGGGCGCUGGGCCUGGGGGCGGCGGGGCUGCUGGCGCUGGCGGCGCUGGCGCGGGGCCUGCAGCUGAGCGCGCUGGCGCUGGCGCCCGCCGAGGUGCAGGUGCUGCGCGAGAGCGGCACGGAGGCCGAGCGUGCGGCGGCGCGGCGCCUGGAGCCCGCGCGGCGCUGGGCCGGCUGCGCCCUGGGCGCGCUGUUGCUGCUGGCCAGCCUGGCGCAGGCGGCGCUGGCGGUGCUGCUGUACCGCGCGGCCGGCCAGCGCGCCGUGCCCGCCGUGCUGGGCAGCGCGGGGCUCGUGUUCCUCGUGGGCGAGGUGGUGCCGGCCGCCGUGAGCGGGCGCUGGGCGCUGGCGCUGGCGCCGCGCGCGCUGCUGCUCAGCCGCCUGGCCGUGCUGCUGACCCUGCCGGUGGCGCUGCCCGUGGGCCAGCUGCUGGAGCUGGCGGCGCGGCCCGGGCGGCUGCGCGAGCGCGUGCUGGAGCUGGCCCGCGGCGGCGGCGACCCCUACAGCGACCUCAGCAAGGGCGUGCUGCGCUGUCGGACCGUGGAGGAUGUGCUCACGCCGCUCGAGGACUGCUUCAUGCUGGACGCCGGCGCCGUGCUGGACUUCGGCGUCCUGGCCAGCAUCAUGCAGAGCGGCCACACGCGCAUCCCGGUGUACGAGGAGGAGCGCUCCAACAUCGUGGACAUGCUGUACCUCAAGGACUUGGCCUUCGUGGAUCCCGAAGACUGCACGCCGCUCAGCACCAUCACCCGCUUUUACAACCAUCCGCUCCACUUCGUCUUCAACGACACCAAGCUGGACGCCGUCCUGGAGGAGUUCAAACGAGGGAAGUCUCACCUGGCCAUCGUGCAGAAGGUGAACAACGAGGGUGAAGGUGACCCCUUCUACGAGGUGCUGGGCCUCGUCACCCUGGAGGACGUCAUUGAGGAGAUCAUCAAGUCUGAGAUCCUGGAUGAGUCUGAGGACUAUCGAGAUGCCACUGUCAGGAAGAAGCCUGCUCCUCUGAGUGCCCCUCUCCGGCGAAAAGAGGAAUUCUCCUUGUUCAAGGUGUCUGACGAUGAAUAUAAAGUGAAAAUCUCGCCUCAGCUGCUCUUGGCCACCCAGCGCUUCCUGUCUCGAGAGGUGGAUGUAUUCAGCCCCCUGCGAAUCUCCGAGAAGGUCCUGCUGCACCUGCUGAAGCAUCCCAGCGUCAACCAGGAAGUGAGGUUUGACGAGAGCAACCGUCUGGCUGCACACCAUUACCUGUACCAGCGCAGCCAGCCGGUGGAUUAUUUCAUUCUCAUCCUGCAGGGCAGGGUUGAGGUGGAGAUCGGGAAAGAGGGCCUGAAGUUCGAGAACGGAGCCUUCACCUAUUACGGAGUGUCUGCCCUGACAGCGCCGUCCUCGGUUCACCAGUCCCCAGUGUCCUCGCUCCAGUCCGUCCACCACGACCUGCAGCCAGAGCCAGCUGAUGGUGCUCGCUUGUCUGCAUACUGUCCUGACUACACCGUGAGGGCCCUCUCUGACCUGCAGCUCAUCAAGGUCACGCGGCUGCAGUACCUCAAUGCACUCCUGGCCACUCGAGCCCAGAACCUGCCACAGUCCCCGGAGAACACAGACCUCCAGGUCAUCCCAGGCAGCCAGACCAGGCUGCUCGGUGACAAGACAGUCCCAGCAGCAGGGCCCAACCAUGGCAGACCCGGCCUCCCAGCGGAGGAGAGCCCUGGGCGGAACCCGGGGGUUUAACUGCUUGCCAGGCAGCCCCGGGUCUGGGCGAUGGACAAGCACGUGGGGAAGUGGAGAGCCGAGGAGUGGCUUCCUGUCAGCCCGUCCCCAUCCCCUCCAGGCCACGUUUUAGAUGGCCCUUAGAGAUGUGGGUCCUGGGCUGUCCUCAGAAGCAGACCUCAGUGCCGGGAGCCUUCAGCAGGUCCUGCCCUCCUUUAGGAAAUGGGGGUCAGUUGGGGCGCAGCCUUCCGGGCCUGCUUCCGAAGGGAAUGAACAGAACACUGUCAUCUCUGGUCCCUAGGACCCAGCUUUCUCCCUGUGACAGUGCAGUGUAUUUAUACCUCUUUGGGCCAAGCCAUGAUGUGAGUGCACGAUUACGGCCUUUAUGUGGCCAUGACCUGUACUCGCUUUGCUUUUAAUUUGCCAACCUGCUGCCGGCAGCACUUUUUGAGCGAACCAGGAGCACUAUUUGUGGCUGGGGGUUCACAUCCAUGGCCUGGGCCGCAGUGAACUAGUUGGCCUCCCUUACGGUGCCAUGUUUCAAAGCACGCGCCCCAGCCUGUUCCAUGUGCCAAACCUCGCAGCACGACAACCCACCAGUAUGUCCCAGUGUCCGGCUCCCUCCUAUGGAGGUUGCUGCUUGGAGCCCCCAGCAAGUGAGCCGGCCCCUAGUGGCACGGGGGAGGCUGCUCCUUCCGCUUCUCUGCCUGUCCUGCUUGGUUGCCACUAACAGUAUUGUCAUUUUCUGUGUUUGAAGAAGAGAGGUCACACCGGGGAGGAAGGGGUGUGCUGCCCCUAACUUUCUCAGUUGCUGGGUCCAGGGAGAGUAACCGACUUUGUACCUUCCCCCGUGGCUGGAAUUUGCACGGAGAGCAGCAAGGGAGGGAGGGCUUGAUUAUGAAACAGGUAGAUCCUCAGCCCCUUUCUUUAAUGACAACAUGACAUCAGUUUUUCUGGUAUCUCUGAAACAUUUCAGCUCAUUGCUUCUUUGCUGUUCUUAGCUACAGGGUUUUAGAGAAUUGGGAACAAGAACGCACUUGUUUUCUUCUGCUUUACCCAUAUUUACGGUCUGCAGUUCUUCAGCUGUGUAGAAACGGGGGUGUCGCAGAGACCUGGGGUUGCAGAAGGGAUAGGGAAGGAGGAGUGUUUCUGGAACUUUUCUCAAAGGAAUUUGGGUCCCUUAUCCAGGACUGGUUGGGAAUGAAGGCCAGAGAACAGUGGCAUGCCGGCUUAGCAACUUCUCAAGGAAGAGCAAGCCCAGGUGGGAAACCUACUUUACAAUCAUCUCUCCCUGAACAGUGCUUCUUAACCUUGGCUGCACAUUAGAAUCACCUGGCAAACUGAAAAAUACUGAUACCUGGAGCACCCCCCCCUUCCAGGGAGCCUGAUUUGAUUAUUCUAGGCAUCAGGAUUUUGUUUUUUGAAACAAUUUUAAUUUUUAAAAAAGAAUUUUUUUAAAGUAAGUUUCACACCGGGCAUGGGGCUUGAACUCCCAACCCUGAGAUCAAGAGUCGAGUGCUCUCCUGAUGGAGCCAGCCAGGCAUCCCUGAAACAGUUUUAGAGUCACCUAAGAGUUCCAUACACUCUUCAUCCAGCUUCCCCUAAUAACGUUUUACAUAAUCUGGUACAUCUAUCAGAACUAAAAAAAUUAACAUUGGUACAAAACUAAAUUAGAUUUUAUUUGGAUCUUAUCAGUUCUUCCAGUAAUAUUAUUUUUCUGUUGCAGGAUCCAAUCCAGGAUACCAAGUUGCAUUUAGAGUUCUUGCUUCCUUUUUUCUAACUUUGUAUUUUGAAACCAUUACAGAUUCUUAGGAAAUUGCAAGCUAGGGACCUUUCACCCAGUUUUCCUCAAUGGUUACUCUUAAACAUAGUUAGAAUACAGUAUCAAAACCAAGAAGCUGACACUGGCACUAUGUGGGUGGAGCGUUCUCUGUCUCAUGGGUAGAUUUGUGUAGCUGCCACAGCAGUCUAGAUAAAUGACCGUCCCACCACCACGAGGCUCUCCCUCUGGCAUACUGUUAGACCCACCCCCACCCCCUCGGCCCCCAUCUCUAAUCCCUGGCAACCACUAAUCUAAUAUUUUGUCAUUUCAAGAAUGUUGUGUAAGUGGGGUCAUAUAGUACGUAACUGCUCGGGAUUGGCUUUUUUCACUCAGCGUUAUAUUCUGGAGCUACAUCCAGGUUGUAGCGCGUGUCAAUAGCUCAUUCCUUUUGAUUGCUGCGUAGUAUUCCUCAAUAUGCUCACUGUCCUGUGGAAGGACAUCUGAGUGGUUUCCAGUUUUUGGCUAUUCCAAAUAAAGCUGCUAUGAACAUUCAUUA